AUGGCCAUGGAGUUCACAUCCUCUGUCAAGGUCGAUUUUCCGAACGAGGACAUAUUGACCUAUGUGUUUGGCAACACUCUCUUCCAGGAGGAUGACCAAAUCUGGUUCAAUGCAGCCAACAUCAAAGAAUACAUUACCCUGCGUCAAGCUAGAUCCCUGACCGGGCGGAUUGGCAGGUACCUGCGGAACCUUGGUGUCGGCGAGAAUGGGCAAGGCAAAGAUUUCGUCCUGUGCUUUGUGGAAAAUCAGACACUUGUUGGACCGGCAUGUUUUGGGGUUCUGUGCGCCGGUGGCGUACACUCAGCCUGCCCAAUGUCCUCCACUGUCGCAGAAGUCGCUCGACAGAUAGGGCUCAGUAAGCCCAAAGUCAUGAUAUGCUCUGAGCUUACAAAAGACACUGCCCAGAAGGCACUGCAACAGGCUGGAAUGUCGAAAUCUGUCCACCUCCUGAUCAUGGACUCGAGCUCUUGUUACAUCAAGAGCACGAGGGACGGCUCUUCUCUACCGCACAAAGAACUGGCUUGGGAGCGAAUCACCGAUCCGAGCAUCUUGGACUCGACGACGGCACUCACUCUGUUCUCCAGCGGGACGACAGGCAUCCCAAAAGGUGUCCAGCUUACACACCGGAAUAUCGUGUCAAACCUUGUCCAGAUGAGAUAUAUCUUCGACCGAGUCGCAACUCCGCAGCAGAAGGCAACCAAGCGCCUCCGAAUGCCCGGCAUUAUCCAGAACUCUGCACCGGCCGGCAUCCUCGUGCACAGUAUGAUGGCGUUGCAAAGAGGCAUGCAAGUCUUCCUGGUGACCAAGUAUAACUUUGAUGAUCUGGUUCACAUGAUUCGCGAGUAUGAGCUAUCAGCACUUUUCCUAGUCCCUGCCGUCUUUCUGCGGAUAACACAGACUUUUCAAGCGCAGGACCUGCGGAACAUCAGGUGGGCAUUGAGCGGGGCUUCACCGCUGUCGCCAGACCUGCAGAGCAAGGUCAAUGCCAUGUUGCCCGGCGGUGUCAAUCUGAACGUCAACUGGGGCAUGACGGAAACCACCUGUGGUGCGACUCAACUAGAGCCUAACGAGAAGGAAAGUGAAGGUAGCGUUGGAAGAUUGUUGCCGGGUAUGAAACUGGCUAUCAUGGGAGCAGAUGGAAGGCAUCAGGGUCCAGAACAGUUGGGCGAGGUUUGCUUGAAAGGUCCCAAUAUCAUGAGAACGUACUUCGAGAAUCCGCAGGCAACCAAAGCGGCAUACGGAAAGGAUGGAUGGUUUCUGACAGGUGAUAUUGGCAUGAUGUCUGCGUCGGGCAAAUUGUUCAUCAAGGGACGAGCAAAGGAGCUGAUGAAGUACAAAGGCAAUCAAGUUUCCCCAACGGAACUUGAAGCUGUUAUUGGUGAGUGCCCUGGAGUCGCAGACGUCGGAGUCAUCAGCAUUCCAGACGGAGAAGGAAACGACCUACCGCGUGCCUACGUCGUUCGCAGCGAAAGCAACAAUUGCACGGUCAGCGCCGUGCAUGAAUUCGUGAACAAGCGGGUGAGCCGAUAUAAGCAGCUCCGUGGUGGCGUUGUGUUCAUCGCCGAGAUUCCGCGAAACACAAAUGGGAAGAUCAUGCGAGACGUGUUGAAGAAGAGAGCGAAUGCCGAAGUGAGUGGUAGUACUUCUCAGCCUAAGCUGUGA